GGCUCUUAUCGAAGAACGUUAUGAAGCAGUCAUCAUCUGUGGCAGUCUCACCUGGCCGGCUCCAUGGCAAAACAAGACUUAUUUAUGUAUUUGAAUUUAUUUUCUGUCGUUUUUCUGCAGCUCUCUUUGUCCUUUGAUCAAGUGUCUGCGGUUGUGGAAAAAAGUUUAGCGGGGCCCACAUCCCAAGAUAUCAGGGUUCAAAACAAUGGAUUGGCUGCCCAGAGCCACAGUGCUGCUUCCGAUGGGGAGAGUUCUUCGCUUAUAGCGGAGGACCCUCUCAGGAGAGUCCUGCAGCCUUAUGAGUGGCAGCUGGACUCCCCACACAGAACCAAACGGAGACUACUGCAGACAUCCAGCAUUCUUCCUUACUCUCCUCUGAGCGUGGUUUACAACAGCAAAACAUGUAUCCUGUUUAGGGCCAGGAAGCUUGCCAUCAGGUUCAGGAACAGCACCUUAGUGGAUCUCACAGAGAAGGCCUUCGGCCCCGAUGCACCAGUGGACACCAAAGGCUCUAUGUGCAGUAAAGACAAAGCUACGCUUGUACUACGUUUCGGAGAUGUGGAGAACUUGAGAGGACUUGCAAUUAGACUACAAAUGUCCAACACAUUCUAUGAGUCGGCAGGGCAGAACUGGUUCACUCUGGACAGCGUACACAUCCACUACAACUGGACCCAUGAGGCAACGUUCAACGCCACCGAUGUUUACGCUCCUAGUACCCACUCCUACCACUGUCAGCACGUCAGCAGUCUGCAGAAGUACGACACGCUGCUCGUACCCAGCUCCAUCACAGACAACUCUGCAAACUGGCACAUCACCUUCACAGACUUCCAGAUACAAUCGUUCAAUGUGCUGUCCAACAAGUUUGGCUCAGCCAGUGAUUGCGCUACGUUCUUCACCCCAGCUAUCCUCAUGGGUCUGAUCACCUCUCUAAUCCUUCUCCUGGUCCUGGCCUACGCGCUGCACAUGGUGGUGCACCUGAAACACAUCGACACCUACGAAGAACACAAGACCACCGUCUACUUCCCCCGCAGCACAGAAACUGCAGAAUGCACCGGCGCCACCAGCUCCGGCACUACCAGCUCCACUGCCACUGAGAAAAACAGCUUGUAGGACUCCGUUUCCCAGGAUCCACCUCAGUCUCCACCACUAGGAGUAUACUGUAAACUGUUUCUGUAGGUGUCAGAUAGUGACUAUGCAGGGCCUCUGACUGAAUCCUCUGAUGGCUGGCAGACCGACCGACUGACUAACCUCAAUAGAUAAAGCAACCUCCCAUACUGAAGGGACAGAAAGACAUGGUGAUAGUCUGAACCUGAUAUGGUUGUCCACUUUUGCAUCACUGGGCUCAGGCAGUGGUUGUUCAAGCCAGAUAGAUCUAAUCAUUUGUGGCUCAGCAUCAUCUGGUGGAUUUGGAUACAGCUUUGGAGGUGAGACAUUGACCAGUUAUCGGGCAUUGCAAAGCAAAAACAAACUAAUUAUGUACUCUUGAAUGAAAUUCAAACGGAUAUAAGAACAAGAAAGUAUUUAGUUCCCUGUCAGUACUAUAAAUGCUGGUAUAUAUAUACACUGGAUAAAGAAGUUUCAUUUUAAUAACAAAACCAUACCCUAAAGGGUACAUACCGUAAAGGCAAUGCAGUAUAUACUUAUGUAAUUAAUUAAUCAAUGUGUUACAUUCUGGUGUUUCAGACCUGUGUUUAAGAACAUGUGUUAGUGUGAGCGUGUGAAAAUAACUAUGUACAUUUCGGGCCAUUAUCCACAAAGCAUCUCAGAGUAGAAAAUUCUAAGAAUAGAGACAUUUUACUCCUACUCUUAUUGGUAAAAAUAAAAGAUAUGCAUGAAUCCUCUUUAGUCAUUAGUCCCACCUAGUUGAAAGAAAUUUAGGAGACCUCAUGAGCUGUCCUAACCAGUUACGUUACCAGCAGGUGUCUUAAUAAUAAAGGGUAGCGAGUCAGUGGUUCCUGCGCCACAUGGAA